AUGCCUCCCCGGAAAAAACAAAAGCUUUCAUCUCAAGCCCCAUCCACGCCGUCGCAGGCCGAUAAGGCCCCCUCAGUUCCUUCAAGCCAGCCCGCCGCGUCGAAAACAGAUGCCGAUGCCGAUUCAGCUGCUAUCGAUCCGUGGACCGAUGAGCAAGAGACAUCAUUACUGAAGGGAAUAAUUAGAUGGAAGCCUGCAGGUAUGCACAAACACUUCCGGAUGCUCGCAAUAUCGGACCACAUGAAAAGCCAAGGUUAUGCGACGGAUCAACAUACACGAAUACCGGGUAUAUGGGCGAAACUUGGUAAUCUGUACAACCUUGCUGCAUUGGAUGAAAGGGAAGACCCAUUUGCAACCGAUGGAUCCGAAGACGUAGACGUCUCUAAUGAACCUUAUUGUCCCUUCUCCUUGGAGGAGGAGGAAUAUGGUGAUAUGAUGUUUGAGAGGAGACUGGCGCCCGAUGGCUCAUCCUCACCUCCCCCCAGCCUUCCACUUCCUUCGCAGAGAGGGAGCACAAUAGCAGAUACCGAUGAGCCUCGUUCAUCACCCGCUCCGUCGCGCGGCGGUAGGCGCAGAGGGCGCGCUACCCGGAGGACUAUGGGAACUCGAUCGUCCAAGCUGCAGCGGGAAUUAGGUCCCGGUGGCAAGACUAGUAAUAAUGGGGACGAUGCUGGAGAAGAUGGUGGGAAUGCGAGCGAUGCUGAACAGUCGCAGGCGGCGGGGUCACCAGCUGCAAGAUCAACUCGAGCAACUACAAGGGGGAAACCUAGGCGCGGAAGGCCGCCAACAAGACGUGGGAGAAGGAGAUGA